CCUACUGCUGGCUCAUGUCCAGCUUCUUGUCCAUCAAGAUCCCCAAGUCCUUUUCAGCAGGGCUGCUCACAGUAAGUUCUUCUCCCUGUACUCAUGUCUGGGAUUAUCUUGACCCCAGUGCAACACCUUGUUUUUGACCUUGUUAAACCUCAUCAGAUUCUUAUGUGCCCACUUUCCAAGUGUGUUCAGAUCCCUUUGGAUGGUGUCCUUCCCUUCUAUUGUGUCAACUACACCACUUAGCCUGGUGUCAUCAGCAAACUUGCUGAGGGUACACUCAAUUCCACUGUCUAUGUUCUCGAUUAAGAUGUUGAAGAGCACCGGUCCCAAGACAGAACGCUGGGGAACAUGACCAGACUACUUGUUCACAGAGCUGUUGACAACAACCCUCUGGCUAUGACCAUCUAACCAAUUCUUUAUCCACAAAAUAGUCCAAUCUUCAAAUCCUUACUGCUGCAACUUAGAGAUAAGGAUGUGGAGCAUCAGAUCAGCCUGUUGUUCUUUGGUUUAUUAGGCUACAUGCACUUACGAAUAGUUUACCUCGUAUUAAUUAGCUAAAAGGGUUUGAACAGGUUGAGGAGGGAUUAAUGUUAAUCAAAUGAGAAGAUAAUAUAAGCUUUCAGAAAGUGAAGAUUAAGACAUGAGGCCUGAGGGACUGGGGAGAUGUGUGCAUGCUGCCAUUCACUUCCCUCCACAGCACAAUAAAAAAGACUUAAUUACUGAACAUCUUGGUGUGGACAAGGGAAAAGAAAUAUUUCUAACUGUGCUUGGUGGGAGGUGAAUUUAUUUUCUUCCUUUUUGCUUUUAAACCCAGAAUAAGCUCUGUCCUCUUGACUGCUCCUGGGACAUCAUCCUGGUCUGUUUUGCAUGCCUGACCCACAACUGUCUCUGCACAGGAGGACACACAUUUUUGGAGCUGUCUGUUCCGGUUUGUCAAGCCAGGACAUAAAAAUCUACAUGGAAAGGGAAAGGAUUCCCAGGGAGAAAUGCUUUAAGUGUCUGUGCAAAGCCAACUGUGGGCAACUCAGCUCGUCCUGCUUUUGGUGACUUGCCAAGAUCACACUAUGAAAUGCGGUCUCCUCAUUUUUUCUUCUUUUUUUGAAAUAAUUCUGUGGAGCAGUUUCCAUCCCAGCCUGGUUUAUGGCCAGGGCAGGGAAUGUCUCCUCAUAGCAGUUUAGAAUGGUUGUACUGGAUAGGAGAUAGACUCAUUCUCAUUCCUUAUUUGCCAGUAGCCAGUAGACUUUCCUAACACAUGCUUUGUCAAGUAUGAGGCUGUUGUUGUAUCAUGGUGUGGGUAAUGAUCUCUGGAAACAGAGGAGUAACAAAAGGCAGUCUUCUGCCUCUCUCAAGCUUGUAUUUAACAGUAGAUGAAAUGAGGUUCUUUUCACAUGGAGAAAUAAACCCACUCUCCCAAACAGAAAGCAACCUGUCACUUUCCCACACCCUGAGAAGGGCCAUAACAACCUCAUCCUAUGCAAGCAUCUCUCCACAAAGUUCUCUAGCUUUGAAGUAAGGAUGCCCUGAGAGCUGGAGCUUGGUAUUUCUCCACCACAAUCUCUGGGACCAGAGGGAUUUGUGCUGGGACAUUACAAGCAAUGUGCAGGCAUGCUGACUAACAUCAGAAAUCAGUGUGUUAACCUCUCCACAAUGGCAGAAUGCAGCCUGGUGAUGGGAGCUGGCCCAGUGCUGAGGCCAAUAACUUUGGGGAAGAUGUACUCAUAUUGUCCUAGUUUUCUGUGUUAUACUUUUGGAUGAGGCAUGAGUUCCCUAGAUGGGCUGUAGGAUGGUGGCUCCCAUUGGCACUGGUGCAAUGCAGAUGUCACUCCUGUUACGGGAACAGCAAUAGAGUCCUCUCUCCCUCAUCAUACAGCCCUGCCCCAUGGGCAUCUGUCCUGCUGCCAGAACUGGGCUGGCUGCUCUCCUAGGACUCAGCUUUAAACCUGCUGCCAGCAAUGGAGUAAGAUACUAGAUAAGUGGAACUGCAACCCAUUGACAGCCCUCGGUCAUUGUGCCCCACGAACCUCCUCACCCAGGAGCCAAAGCACGACAGUGCAUGUCUCCAGUUUCAGGCUUGUCUAGCUUUUGUCAGAGCCUGUGAGUGCAGGGUGCUUAAGCAAUGCUUUGAGAAAAUGUUGAUAAUGCGGUGACGAAAUAGGACAAUGCCAGGAAUUUUACUUUUAAUUUAUUUCAUUUGGUGAAUUACCUGCCCCAGCCAAGUAGACACAGGUUUUAAAAGUUAUUUACUGCCUGAAGUUUUACAUGGUUUACAUAACAUAAUUUCCUGUAUGAACCAAAAGAGUCUCACCCCAGACUCUUCUCCAGGUCGGGAUGGGGGGCAUUUCCCUUGUAAUUGGAGGUGGGAGAGCUCAGUCUCAUUCUGCUGCUUCCCAGGUCUUUGUUCAGUAGGGGCAAGGCUUUAUUUAUAAUGGCCAGGGGUUGCCUGCUCCAAACACCUCUCCAGUUCCUCUUGUUCAUCCCGUUUUAUUGACCCAAAUAGAGCUGUCAGCAGCACCUUCGGGUUGUUCUGGCCAGAGUCCCUUGGCCAGGCUGACGUAUGUACAACCCAUCGAGCGACGGCAAAGCAAUUUCCCACCAUCCAAUUCUAUUGAUAGCAGCAAGUCCCCCAGGGGAUUAAAUACAUGAUUACUGCAAACAAAGGAUCGCUUUGUGUGUGUGCAUCACAGCAGAAAGGCAGGAAGUGCUCUCCCUCACCCAUGCCUGCACUGUUCUGUCCCUCCCGCUUGCACCUAUCAACAUUGCCUUGCACAUAGGUGCGUGCGUUGACCCUUCCCUUGCUGUGUACACGAGGUUGCAUCUGCAGAGCACUUCACAGAGGAGACUGGCCUUGGCUUUUCCCAUGCUACAGACUCUCUUGGUAUUUUCUCUUCUCCUUAAUCACUGACAGUUUGCUCCGAUAACCAGUCCUGGAAGGGCUCACCCUAUAAAGAAAAGCAGGAACUUCUCCCAUAGACAUUUCAACACAUUUUUCUUAAAACACUGUGGCAUUUUGAUGACUAAACUUCUUUGUGGCCAAAGAAUUUGUGACCAAUUUGUGAGCCAUGAAUACAAUGCUCCCCAAAUAUCCUGAAUGCUCUUCCUCUUCUCCUUCACAUAUUACAGACCUGGAUUCUCCAUCUCCAGGGGAGAUGUGUGCAUGUCCCAACACUGGCUAUGGUUUUUCAUCUUCUCUCAUCUCUCCUCUUCUUCUUCUUUCUGAGGAUCCUCUGCUUAUCACAACAGGGAUACCUGUGGUUGGCAUUGAUUAUCCUGCCUUUGUUGUUCUUUUUCCUUGGCUUGCAUCUCAUACCCAAAUCUGCCCUCUUUCUUCUCUACACUGACCACAGCAGCUCAAGUAUUCCAUAACAGGCUUCUUUUCCCUGUCAGAGUGGGUUGCUGUACGGUUGUAAUAGGAAGUGACAGAAACUCUACCAGUAUAACUGCACUUCUGCUGAUUUAAAACAUCCACCUUAGAGCUUUUAUCAGCAUAAGCCUCUUAAUAAAGAGGGGGGAAAAAAAACAACCAUCCACGCUCCUGGCAGAGCUAUGCCAAUGAUGUAACUGGACCUAAGAGUGCAUUUACUUUAAAGUUAGGUGGCUUAACACAGUAUGUGAUUUCAGUUAAAUCUUCUAAAGCGUUGUGUGGACACUUCUAUUUAUGUCCUGUUCAUGCUGAUUUUAAUUUAUAUUAAGUCCAUCAGGAUCAUGUCUAAGCUAAGUUGAACACAGGUUACAUUUCGCACUACUUUUGGAUGGAUUAGAAGGACUAGAGCUAAAUCAUUGCUGUCCCUUCUGGGAGCAAUUUCACUGGUAGAAAUAUGUUUUUGUACUUUAACUACAUUUAGCAAAACAGCCUACAUAUAUAGGCAUGCUUGCAUCAACAUGACUGCGUCCAACUAUCACCUAAAUGGUCUUUAAACUGUAAUAAACCUGCUCGCAAAGUAGGCUACUCUUGCUUAAUUUAGUCUAACUCCUUCUGCCCAUGGAUAGGUACUGUAGUGCUGACAGAAGUCCUUUUUCCCUGCAGAAAUCCCAUGGCUGGUGUUUGUUUUAGCUUUCUUCUGGUUCUUGGAGCCUGGUGCCCCUUGUCACUGCUUGCCAAGAAGAGCACAGCACAGAUAUAUCAGAAACCUGAAUCUCCCCAGGUAUAAAAUCUUCACCUGAACCCCAGGCACAUUGGAGCUCUGCUCUGGGAACUCCUGCUUUUAGAACAUCUCUGGGGAGAGCUGAAAACUCACAGCCAGGUGGCAUACCCUUGCCACUGCUUAGAGAUGAACCAGCAAACAUCUCAGGAUCUCAUUAAACCUUUUGCUGCAGAUGGCCGCAAAGGGCCAUAGGAAAGGCAAUGCAGAUCCAGCUUCAGCCAGCAGCAAGUUAAACUUGUGUCACAGUGCGAUGGUGUGGCUAUCAGCACCAUCAGGCUGAGCUGCCCUCCUGUACUGGCCAUCCUCAUGUGUCACCACCAGCUUGGCUGUGUCAGGGAAGGAAACGUUAUGGCAGUGCUGAGGUCUGAGCUUGGUGCUGUGCUUUAGCAGUUGACAAAGCCAAAUGUGUCUGACCCCUGUGAAGCAAUGUUUACCUUCUCUCAAGAACUUCCCUGUGUACAGAUAUUAAUUCCUAUCAUGUGGAAAAAUUGGUCACAUACCUAAGUAUCCCACUGGAGGUGAAGACUAUUCAUCCAAAGAAAGAGCAGGGAAAAUGCCACUGUGACCUUUUCAAAUAAAUAGAUUUUCUUUUAGUAACCUAAUAUCCCCUCCCUCCCAUAACCUGCUAAACUGCUCUUCUUCAUUUUGUGUUUGAGGCCACUUGGUCCUCCAGGUCUCACCUGAGAUCUGAAAGCUCAGUGGCAACAAGUCUUUAGUGGAGGAAGUUUUUCUUCCAGGUUUUUCUAGACUACAUGAAUUAAGAUGAUAUGGACAGGACAAAUAAGUGAAAAAACAUUGAGCUUAAAAGAACCUGGCUGCUUCACAGCUGCUAAAUCUUACUGACAAGAUUUCCAGUUGACGUUAUCUUGCUGGUUCCCUGCGUCCCCAUAGCUUUCCAGGGGAAAAAAAAUACAUUGGUGAGUCCAGAACAAAUAUGCUCCAACCUAAUAUUGUUUUCAUUUUGCGGGUCACUUUUAAUCUCCACUGGGUGUAAAUUCCUCUUCUUUUGUUGUAUUUAUUUUCAGUUUUGUUCUUACUAUAUUUCUUCUAUGCUUUUUUGUUGUUGUUGUUCCUCCACCAUGUUCUUCUUUGUUUGUGCUGCAGGCAAUGAAAAUGAUUUAAAAAUGCCUGGUUUUGAAACAAGCGAUUUCCAGACAAAAUUACUCCCAAGGCCUCCUAGCAUCUGCAGAGACAAGUGGCAUAAAUGCACUUUUAAGAUCAGUGGGUGAAAGCAGUUGCAAAUAACAGCACUAACAGUGGGAAGUACUGGACAUGUUUCUGUGGGAAGGACAUUUCCAAGAGGUCAUAUGUCCCAGGAGCAUGGCCUGUGAGGAACUAUGGACGUAUGUAGUAAGACCUUCCUCUGGGCCAUAGGACUGAUCAAUCUCAGCUUGACAGGGAGAUCACAGAGGGUGCCCAAGAUCAGAGGGAACCCCAGUCCUCAUAGCUUUCCUGGAGAGAAGAGGGCAGCAAGACUGGGAGGUCACACAGCUGAAUAUGAACAGAUGAGCUGAUGAAGCAGCUCUAGACCCUACCAGGAGGUUUGUGCAGCACUUCCAGUUUCAUCUAAGUUUGACCAGGGCCAAGGCUGCCAUUUCAGCUCUUCCAGCCUCUGAGCAAGGGCAGCCAUACACCUGAGUCACCAUGGGCAAGAUGGACAACACCUCUGUGGAGCUGAGCUCUCCCUCUGAGGUGAAACAAGCAGCCUUGGAAGAGCCGGAGCCCAUUGCCCCAGAGGCCCCAAGCACCAAGAAGAAGAAGAUCCCAGACAGGGGCUCUUGGAAGGGGAGGUUUGACUUCCUACUGUCCUGUGUGGGCUAUGCCAUUGGGCUGGGCAAUGUCUGGCGCUUUCCGUAUCUCUGUGGCAAGAAUGGAGGAGGGGCCUUCCUCAUUCCCUAUUUCCUGACGCUAGUGUUUGCUGGGAUCCCGCUCUUCCUGCUGGAAACUGCUCUUGGCCAGUACACCUCUGUGGGAGGACUGGGAGUCUGGAAAUUAGCACCCAUGUUUAAAGGAGUGGGGCUGGCAGCUGUGGUUCUCUCCUUCUGGCUGAACAUCUAUUAUAUUGUCAUCAUUGCCUGGUCUCUCUACUAUCUCUUCAACUCUUUCACUUCAGACCUGCCGUGGCAGAGCUGCGGGAAUGCCUGGAACACCGACCGCUGCUUCUCCAACUACUCCCUGGAUGACACCACCAACCUCACCAGUGCCGUCACCGAGUUCUGGGAGAGAAACAUGCACCAGAUGUCCGGCGGCUUGGGGGAGCCUGGAUCCAUCCGCUGGCCUCUGGCUGGCACACUGGCCCUGGCCUGGCUGCUGGUUUACUUCUCCAUCUGGAAGGGUGUGGAGUGGACAGGCAAGGUGGUGUAUUUCUCAGCCACCUACCCCUACUUCAUGCUGUUCAUCCUCUUCUUCCGGGGAGUCACUCUGCCCGGGGCCAAGGAGGGCAUCCUCUUCUACCUCACACCUGACUUCAGGAAGCUCUCCGACUCUGAGGUCUGGAUGGAUGCAGCCACACAGAUCUUCUUCUCCUAUGGCCUGGGGCUGGGGUCCCUGAUUGCACUGGGGAGCUACAACACUUUUCACAACAACGUCUACAGAGACUCCAUUAUUGUUUGCUGUAUAAACUCCACCACGAGCGUAUUUGCUGGAUUUGUUAUUUUCUCUAUCGUUGGCUUCAUGUCGCACAUCACAAAGAAGUCAAUUUCAGAACUGGCCUCCUCAGGCCCUGGACUGGCUUUCCUCGCCUAUCCGCAGGUUGUCACCCAACUGCCCCUGUCCCCACUCUGGUCGAUCCUCUUCUUCUCUAUGCUGAUGAUGCUGGGCCUGGAUAGUCAGUUCUGCACUGUAGAGGGGUUCGUUACUGCCCUGAUGGAUGAAUAUCCUCAUAUCCUAAGAGCCAGGAAGAAGAUCUUCAUAGCAAUAGUCUGUUUCAUCUCUUAUCUCGUUGGAUUCUCCAAUAUCACCCAGGGUGGCAUUUAUGUUUUCAAGCUGUUUGAUUACUACUCAGCCAGUGGCAUGUGUCUUCUCUUUCUUGUCUUCUUUGAGACCAUCUCAAUUUCUUGGUGUUAUGGUGUGAACAGAUUUUACAGGAACAUUGAAGAAAUGAUCGGCUACAAACCUUGCAUCUGGUGGAAAAUCUGUUGGGCAUUUUUCACUCCUCUUGUCUGCCUGGGUGUGUUCUUAUUCAGUGUGGUGGAAAUGACCCCUCUGACGCUGGGCAAAUACAUCUAUCCUGCAUGGGGACAAGGUAUUGGUUGGCUCAUGGCGCUGUCCUCCAUGGUACUGAUCCCAGGAUACAUGCUGUACAGCUUCUUCACCUCAACAGGGACUCUCCGGCAGCGUUUCCAGCAGAUGACGCAGCCCCAGCCAGAUGUGCAGGUGCAGAAGAAUGGCCUCCAGCCGAAGACGUCUCUGAAUGGCAGGGGAUCAGACGCUGCCGUCUAGGAGGAGAGCCGGAGCUCCUCGCCCUGCCCCAUAGCUGCCCACACCAUGCCAUCCCUCCAGUCCCUCUGGCACAGCCCGCUGCCCCCGGCUCUGCAAUGGCUUUGCAUGAGAGGACCCAGCAGAGGAACUCCAGCACCUCUGUUCCCUCAGCAGACCCCGUGUCACAUCACUGACUGUCUCCAUCGUGCAACACUCUGGCCCAGGCUCUCAGAGAGGAGCAGCCUGUAGCCUCUCGACCAGAGGUGGUAUUUCUAGAGAGCUUAAUACUGACGGUUCACUGUUUCUCCCUUCAUUUUGCAUUUCCAUGUGAUCCUACACAGCAUGCCCCAUAGUACGCAGCCUUGCUUCACCCCAGAGAGCCACGUGCCACCAGGUUCAAAUCUCAGAUGGUGAUCAAAUGAUGUAGCAUAAAACAGUGCUAGCAAAUGCAACUCUGGAAGGGUUGUGGCAGAUCAAGCAAUUCCAGUGAGGAGCCCUGCAUGUUGGUAGCAAUAGGACAUAGCUCAAACUGAAGAAAGGCAUCGGGAGAGGAUGCAAUACUUUUAGGUACCAUGUUUCAGCCCUGCACAUCUCCAACCAUUACCACCUACCCAGCAGGUUGGCCCAUGAGCCACAGUCAGGUGCAGAAGACAGCCCCUCUCUUCUGGAGAGCCUUGCCCUUUGCAGCUCUGUACAGCAGCCACACCUUGACCUGAAGAUCUGAAUGUACAGGCUGGAUCUUGUAAAGCUGAAAGCCAAACACUAAGAGCUGCAAUCACAAUUAAUCUCAGCUAGUUACAGAAGUAUCAUUCUUCCUUAUCCUGUAAUUUUAUGCACUAUAGUGUAUCUGAAAAUUUGUAUUCCACUUUCACCCAUGUUUAUAAACUGGGCAAUAAAGGAGCCCACUCAUAUCCUUUGAGAGGACAUCUCUGCUGAGGGCACUUAAUAGAAUCAUAGAAUCAUUGCUGUUCGUCUUUGGUCUUUGCAUGAAUGACCUUUACUACAAAUCCUGCUUUCACCUGUGAUUCCCAGUCACAUCACCUCCCUCCCCUUAAAGGCCAAG